AGAUGUUCUGCAUGUUACUGAUUUAUUUCAUCUACAGAAAUUGUAUCAGAAAUGACUUUGAGAUCAGCUGAUUAAAAAGAGUCUUUGUAAGAAAAGGAUGUGUAUCAGAGUGUUGAUGGUGUUAAUAAUGACAGGAAGCACGUCCCUGCAGUCUCUCCUUUAUCUGCUCCUCACGCUGAUCAUCUCUUCACUCAGCACCAGAGUCCCAUCACACACGGACACCAUGCUGCCAGCGCUCUGCUCUCUCUUCACUGUUCUCUCAUGUGUCAGUUGUGUGACUGUGGUGACGCAGAAGCCUCCUGUUCUCACACUGACUCAGGGACAGACGGCCACCAUGGACUGUAAUCUGGGGACUGUUACUGAUAGUGCUGCACGCUUUUAUAAACAGGUUCCUGGAGGAGUUCCUCAGUAUGUUUUGAGGAAUUAUCAUGAAUGGAGCGAUCCUAAAUAUGGGUCUGGUUUCUCAUCUCCUAAAUUCACAUCAUCACACUCCUCUAAAUCAGAUUAUAAAGUAAUAAUCAGUAAUGUAGAGGUGGGAGAUUCAGCAGUGUAUUACUGUAACACAUGGGACAGCUCUGCUAAAGAGCACGUAUUCGGCCAAGGAACAAAGCUAAUCGUCAGCGACGCUGCUCUCCCGGCUCCUGUUCUGAACCUUCUCCCUCCGUCCAGUGAAGAGCUGAAGUCUACAAAAGCCACUCUGGUGUGUUUGGCCAACGACGUGGCUGGUGGUUUUGCUGAUGUGCGUUGGCUCGUGAACGGGAACCCGGUCACCAGUGGAGUCAUCACCGGCUCUGCACAGCAGCAAGCCAAUAAGAAAUUCUCCCUGAGCAGCUAUUUGACCAUCGACAGCUCCGAGUGGGACGACAAAGUCAUAACGUGUGAAGUGUCUGCUGGAGGAAAAGCCGCAUCGGUGAAGAUCAAGAAGUCUGAAUGCAGUGAAUGAACCUGAUCACAGCUUUGACCUGUUUAUUGUUUAGCUGUAGAAAUGAUUUAAAAUCUGUAGUUUAAUGUGUAGAAAAGAAUUCAGUUUUAUUGAGAAUAAAAAGUCCUGAUGCUGCAAUCGCUUUGCUUUUGUGUUUGAGGAAUCAGAUGAAGGUUAAUAAAGUGCAUUACAGAAAAAAGUA